AUGCCAAAUGAAGAUUUGCGACAUAGCAUACGAGGGUGGGAGAUGAGAAACGCAGAAUCUGAAAGCAAAAAGCUAGGAUCUGGUAUGCGCAGCGUGAUAAAAAUGGACGCAGACAGGACUGAUGGGAUAGUGAUGUCUAGGUAUAAGCAAAAGAACGAAGCCACCCGGUUUUGUCGCAUACGCAGGAUGCAAGCGUGGGUGUGGAUAGGAAGAUCCAUACUGAAGUGGCAAUCACCAACACAACGUCUAUUUGAUACCGCUUACGAGGAUAAAGAGAUUAGGUUCGCAAAGAAGUGGUGGAAACAAUUUGAUAAGUUAGAGAUGUGCAAUUUGAAGAAAGAUGAAGGCAUGUUUCAUCAUCAUAUUGUUCUGGAAAAUUUGAUCAAGUGGACCAAUAUCUCCGGACUAAGAUUCGAGCGAGAAAAUGUCGAUGGCGCCACGAGAGCACUACCGGCGUAUUGA